UAACAUUCUCUAGGGCCAUUCAUAUCACUUACAAAUAUCAUGUGCCGAUAAACUGAUUAUCUUGUUGAAUAAUCAUUCACCACAUUGAUGGUUUGAGGUAACAAUUGGACAUGAGGACCUUCCUGCUGGUACUGUUGUCACUGCUUGCUGGCUCUGAGGCUUGGCUAUUCUCUUGGCUUCAUUGGGGACGAUGUCCUGAAAUAAGUACAAUCCCUUAUAUGACGUAUUAUAUGUACCUAAACGGCACAUGGUACCUGAGGUCUGGAUACAACAUUGAUCAUCUACCAGGCACGGGACGCUGUGGAUACUCACAGUACACCUACAACGACACCUCUGGAACAGCAGAAGUCAAAUUCCGACAUAUGUCAUCUUGGUUGAACCGUUGGGAGUCUGUCAAUGGAACUAUUGCACAAUCUCUACCUUUAACGUAUGGAAAGAUGACCUUAGACAUUCCCAAUAGAUGGGGUUUCUGGGACGAGACAAUGCCCUACUGGGUGCUUGACGAAGUUCUGGCAGAUUAUAGCAUUGUGUACAGUUGUAAAAACUUCCUGUUCAAUUUUUAUUCUUACAGCAGUUGGAUUUUGACUCGAUCGCCAAUCAGAGAUUUGGCAGACCUUGAAGAGGAAUUGAAAACUUACAACCUAGACCCAAACAAAUUUGUUAAGUACGACCAAACUAAUUGCCCUCCUCAUUACUAAACUAUUAGUACCAUUUUUGUAAUCUGUUAAGGGGGUAAAUGUCUUUAAUAUUCUCAAUCAAAUGUGGUAAAAUAAGAAGUUGUGCCAAACCUUACCAAUUUUCAGUGUAUAAUAGUAUAAUAAUAAUAGGUGUAUGUAUUGCCUACAUUACCUUGAAUCGUGCUAAAAUAAAAAAUAAUCUAUGUAUAUUCAAA